UCCGUAUGAUCGAAGGACGACGAGUGUCGCACGACGCACGAGUGUGAUGGAGUGUGAUGUGUGAUGGAUUGUAGCAAGUACGGCAGUCCUGUCAAAUUCUGCCGGAAAUUUUCACGAAUACGAGACAAAUAUUGAUUUUUUUGAUAUAGAAACGUCUUUUGUUCUCACUGUUAGAAUUAGGCUCACGAUACUUGAGGAACUUUUUCAAUAAAGUAAACGCACAUUGGAGUGUGGCUGUCACAAUGCUGUUGAACAGGAGCGCAUUUGCAUUUCGACAGUGUCUGCGACACAAGCCUCUGACCGCUGACACACUCUUUAUUUUAGAAUUACAGAAAAAUUAUAGGAAAAAUGAAUACGAAUACAAUCAGACUCGUAACUUCAAAAAUUUUGGUCAUACUAAGAAGAAAUUUACCUUUUUCUCUAACCUUCCAUUUGUAUUGGGUUGCACUGGUAUGCUUAUAACCAUAUGUUUUGACUGGCAACGUUACUUCAAUUUAAUACCUAAAGUGGAAGCUGCCAGUAUUCUAACGGAAGAAGGUCAGAAUAGUGAAAACAUAGAAAAUGUAGAACAAGAGAUACAAAAGAAGAAGAAGAGCAAAAAACAGAAGAUUGGAUUUCGUGAUAGAAAGAUAAUAGAAUACGAAAAUCGUAUACGGCAUUAUUCGACGCCCGACAAGGUGUUCCGUUACUUUGCGACUCUCCAAGUCACAAACAACGACAUACACGAAGUAUUCAUGACACCGGAUGACUUUUUAAGAUCGAUGACUCCUGGCGUGAAACAGCCCGACGGUCUUGGACUGGACCAGUACAGGCGUUAUGAUCCAAAGAAUAUCCACAAUAAAUUAGAAUUAGAAUUGGAUGAGGAUAGCAUCUUCUACAAACUGGGCAGUGCAGGUCUUAUUACUUUCUCCGAUUACAUCUUUUUGCUGACCGUAUUGUCAACUUCUAGACGUCACUUUGAGAUUGCCUUCAGAAUGUUCGACUUCAACGGAGAUGGUGAUGUCGAUUCCGAAGAAUUUGGAAAAGUAGCUACAUUGAUACGGUCACAAACUAGCAUAGGUACUCGACAUCGUGAUCACGCGACCACAGGAAAUACAUUUAAGGGUGUAAAUUCUGCGCUAACAACAUACUUUUUUGGGCCACAAAUGAAUCAGAAACUAACAAUCGAGAAGUUUUUAGACUUCCAGCAGCAGCUACAACGAGAAAUUCUGGGUCUUGAGUUUGAACGACGAAAUCCGGAUGAGCAUGGCAAUAUCACUGAGGUAGAUUUUACGGAAUUAUUGUUGGCUUACGCUGGAUAUCCAGCGAAAAAAAAGGCAAAAAUGUUGAAGAGAGUGAAAAAGACCUUUAAAGAAGAUCCGAAAGGAAUCAGUAAAGAGGAAUAUCUUAAGUUUUUUCACUUUUUAAACAACAUUAACGAUGUUGAUACAGCCCUAACAUUUUAUCAUAUUGCUGGUGCAUCUAUUGAUCAAGCGACAUUGAAGCACGUGGCAAAAACUGUAGCACAUGUUGAUCUAAGUGACCACAUCAUUCAAGUAGUAUACACAAUUUUUGAUGAGAAUAUGGACGGACAACUCAGUAAUCGGGAGUUUGUGGCUGUGAUGAAGAAUCGUGUGCUUCGUGGCCUAGAAAAGCCAAAGGAUACUGGAUUUGUCAAGUUAAUUCAAUCCAUGAUAAAGUGCGCAAAAAAUAGCUAUCUCCUAUCAUAUGAUAAAUAAUUAAGUAUAUGGAAAUAUUAUUUCAUCUUUAUUAAAUGUUUGUUUCAUUAAUUGUAAUUUAUAGAGAGAAAAUAUGUAAAAUAUAUUAUUUAAAACAA